UCGCCAUUCCACGAAAAUGCGGGGGUGUACUGACGAGAGCAUAUAUUCGACGCCGCGGCGCCCAAAGGCACAGACGCCACUUCAACUCUGUCUCGUGCACGAUCUUUAAAACAAAACAAGAAACACAAUGUGCGACGACGAAGUAGCUGCCCUUGUCGUAGACAAUGGAUCCGGUAUGUGCAAGGCCGGAUUUGCGGGAGACGACGCACCUCGCGCUGUAUUCCCCUCGAUCGUCGGCCGACCUCGUCACCAGGGUGUGAUGGUGGGCAUGGGUCAAAAAGACAGCUACGUGGGCGACGAGGCACAAAGCAAGAGGGGUAUUCUUACGCUAAAAUAUCCUAUACGUAUGCAGAAGGAAAUCACCGCCCUCGCACCCUCGACCAUCAAGAUCAAGAUCAUUGCACCUCCCGAGAGGAAAUACUCCGUAUGGAUCGGUGGCUCCAUUCUCGCUUCCCUAUCUACCUUCCAACAGAUGUGGAUUUCGAAGCAAGAGUAUGACGAGUCUGGUCCUGGCAUCGUUCACCGCAAGUGCUUCUAAGCAAUUAUAUUCUUAAAAACGAUUGUUAUUGCUAUAUUAUUUACGCAGAUACACUUAAUUAUUCCGUA